AUGCAUGGUAUGAAGUCUUGGCCCGCGAGUGCCAUAGGUCGCGCGCCGAAACGAAGCCGCCACGCCUGCGCCCUGGCGCACGACGUACGCCGCGCUCGACGCGGCGUUACGUUCUCCGAAUCGACCGCAGAUAACACGGCCGCGACAGAAAUUCAGUGUCAAAAGGUGCGCGUACGCGAGUUCACCAUCGCGAUGCAGCGUUGCCCUUACAUCCACGAGAUGAAGGAGCGUUUGCUCGGCGCGCCAGCUGACAGCAUAGAACGAGAGAGAGAAGGGCCGCGUGACCAGACGGAUCACGCACCACCCCUACAAGACACCCAGGUCGGCACCAUCGUCAAACUGAAUUCCGACGGGUACGGGUCGCAUACGUCGCCGGCACGAGCCCCACUCGUCACAGACGAGUGUGAGGCGCCGGCGGACGAAACAGAUGCGUUGACACCUACAGAGGCGAUUCUCCGGUAUAGAACCUGCUGCCAACCUGAAACAAGACCAAAAAAUGCAAAAACGUCAUUGUUCAUCAUCUCAAGUUUUAUCUACGCGAAACUUUUGGUGGUGGUGUGCAUCGCUUAUGUCAUUAGUGAUGUCAUAACCCACAAUCUGCCGCUCUACUACUAUGAGGGGUUCUUCACAUAUCUCUAUGGAAUGAGCAUCUUGUUCCUACUGUAUGUUUUCUGCUUCUUACUCCAAGAAAGCUCAUGUUGCAACGGCAGUCCCCCUAAACCGAAACCACCGCCAAAAGAGAAAAAGCCCAAGAAGGAAAAAGAAAAGAAAACCAAAGAUAAAGAAAGCAAAGACGGCAAAGAUGGAAAGAAGGACAAGAAGGAUGGAAAAGCGAAAGACAAAGACAAGGAAAAAGAUAAAUCAGCCAAAGAGAGCAAAAAACAGAGCUUUCAGGAGGUGUAUCCCCGUAAGAUGCGCGAUAAAGUUCGACAACAAGAGUUACAAAUGCAAAUGGCGCUAUUGUAUGCCAGUGAACAGCAACAAGACGUUGUGGAGUUGGAGGCUGGGCCAGUUGCAAGACCAGUACGCCGGCGCAAGACUUCACAGAAUGACCAUAGUCAUGGCAGUUUCUUCUUAAGAAUUGGUGCUAUCGCGUUUGGCCUCGGAACUAUGAUUUACAAUGGAUUAGAAUUCGGAACUUUCUUCGAGCUACCGAUGGAUUCUCCGUGCUAUCUUAUCUUGAAAGGAGUUAACCCCGUUCUGCAAAUGGUUUUCACUUUCAUGCAGAUGUAUUUUAUAUUUAUGAAUUCGCGAUUGAAUAUCCACCGAUUCAAAGUGAUCGCUCGCUUUGGAUUAAUGCACGUUGUUGCUACAAACAUCUGCGUCUGGAUACGUACCUUGGUACUUGAGUCUCUCAAGGAAAUAACUGACUACCACGUGAAGAAUCCUCAAGGGAUUUCCGGAGAGGGCGUUCUUGGAAAAGUCAUUCGGAAGCAUACCUUGAGACAUUCUGGCCGAGUGCUAGGUGCUGUAACGACGGCUGCGACUACAGUAGUUUCCACUGCCACUGCAGCUGCGAAAUCUGGUGGAGAACAAUUAAUAGCGGCUGUAACGUCUACUGCUUCAACUCCAACAACACAGACCACAAUGAACAAUGCGUCGGAAAUAUUUGAAUCUUUCGAUACUUUAAACCCUGCUGCUUUGAUAGCUAACAUCGACAACACAACGGUGUGCGGAAGGAUCCCAAUAAUGGGAACAAUUGUUACUGAUUCCGCGCCAUAUCUUUAUCCCUUCAUCAUAGAAUAUUCACUGAUUGGUGCCGCUGUUAUCUACGUCAUGUGGAAGCACAUAGGCCGCUAUCCAGGCGUCGCCAAUGACGAAGAUCUGGAAAGACGUCUGGAAGCUGUUCUAUCCCGCAGGGCGGCGGCUUUGGCGGCGGCGCAGCGUGGCAACCGUGUGGACUGCGCAGGCGCAUCUAAAGGCCUCUUCUGCGGACUACUUCUGUUGGUGGCAUCACUCAUCUGCUUGAUCCUGUUCUUCGUGCUGAUCAGACACCAGGAGUUGAAGCGCUUGUCGAUUUACUUGGCCGAUGUCUCCCAUUGUGCGCUUAUGGUGCUGUCGAUUCUGGCCAUUUUGAUAGGAUUUAUACGUGGUAGAAAAAUGAGAUGGAGCUCAGAUCCUCCUUCCUGUACCGAACCUAUUCGCAGGGUGCAAUCGUUGAAAUUCCGUUCUGAAGAGCAAUCAGACUUAAAUGAUAUCCUGCUACGUGUAUCUGCUUUUGGACUCUUUAUCUACGCCGUGUUCAGCAUCAUCGCUGGUGGAAUGGGCGCCUUCACUCAUGAACCGAAUCUCCUCGUUAUGAUCACUGGAUGCUUGAGUGUGCUUCAGGUGAUACUCCAACUACUGUUCAUUGCGGACGUGUCCCGGCGUCGUGUUCAUUUGCCAGAACAGGAGCGUAGCAAGCCAGCGCGCCAGGCUGUCACUUUCCUCCUGAUCUGUAACGUUACUAUGUGGCUCAUUUACACGGUUGAAGCGCAGAAGGUGCUUGCUAACCCGGUUCAAUUGGACUUCUACGGAUUCGUGGCUUGGUCUCUGGUGCAGCGCUUCACGCUUCCGCUUUGCAUAUUCCAUCGUUUCCACUCAGCUGUAACUCUUGCUGAGAUAUGGAAGACCAGCUACAAGGCUCGUCUCGAAUGA